AAAUGCUACGUACUGGUAUGUACACAGUCACACAUAGUUCCAAUAAAUGUUAUUAUUACCGUAUCAUAUAAAUAAUAUAUAAUACAGGAGGUACUUCAAUGACAGCAAUCUUCGUGAAGGAAGAUGGUGGCGUAGACAAGGUCACAGCACUCGUAUCAGAUAAUCAAAAAUGUACACAAACCAUAAAUUGCCUGAGUAGAUAAGAUGUGUUAGCGUAUUUUCUUUAACUAACAGGAAGUGCCUCAAAACAAAGAACGACAUGGUAAUGUUAAAACUUUUUUUCAUUUUUCUGGCAAUAUGUAUCGCAGAACCAGCGAAAAUAUUGGGAAUUUUUCCUACGCCAGCAGUAAGCCAUUUUACACUAGGUUUUCGCCUCAUGAAGGAGUUAGCCGACAGAGGUCAUGAAGUCACCAUGGUCAGUCCGUUCCCUCAGAAAACACCCAUUGCAAAUUACACAGAUGUGGCCGUUGAAAGUAUGACUGAAGCUUUAGAUGAAUACAAAAAGGAUUUCUUCAACAGGGAAACAAUGUGUUUUACGAGAAAAAUUAAAUUUAUUCACAACAUGGGGUACAGUCUGACGGAGAAACUACUAUCUCACGAUAACUUUCAGAAAUUGUUAAAAUCUCAAGCCAAAUUCGACGUUGUCAUUGUCGAAUAUUUCUUGGCUGAAGCGAUUUUGGGUGUUGGAAAAGUUUUCGAUGCCCCAGUUGUCCUAUUUUCAUCAUUACCUUCCUAUAGUUCCUCUAACAAUAUAUUUGCCAAUCCGGCACCCUCUUCAUAUGUACCACACAUUCUCACACAAUAUACCGGCUACAUGGAUCUUGGUGAAAGGUUUGUCAACCUCGCCUAUAACACUUUUGAUGCUUUUUACAAGUACUAUUACAUGUUUCCUCUCCAUGACAAGCUGUUGAAAACAUACAUCUCUAAGGAUUUAGAUCUGGAAGAUGUAAUGCACAAUGCAAGUUUAAUUCUCCUAAACUCUCACCCAAGCAUCAGUGAACCGGUGCCUCAUGUCCCAAACAUGAUUGAAAUCGGUGGUUUUCAUGUUAAACCUCCAAAUGAAUUACGUUUAGACCUACAAAUGUUCAUGGAUGAGGCAGUUGAGGGUGUAGUGAUAUUCUCGAUGGGAUCAAACCUGAAGAGUUCUGACUUCAGUGAACAAAAACUUCAAGCAGUUUUGAAAUCUUUCGGUAAAAUUAAACAGAGGGUCUUGUGGAAGUUUGAAGAAGACAGUUUGCCAGGACUACCAAGUAAUGUUAAAUUGAUGAAGUGGCUGCCACAACAAGAUCUGUUAGCCCACCCCAAUACAAAACUGUUCAUAUCCCACGGAGGUAUGCUCAGCACCAUCGAAACGGUGCACUAUGGGGUCCCUGUUAUAGGUAUACCAAUCUAUGGUGACCAAAAAAUGAAUGUUGCUAAGGCAGAAAGAAACGGUUAUGCAAUUUCCGUGCCUUUCCAAAACUUAUCCGAAGAAAAAUUGUCUGGGGCUUUACAUGAAAUUUUAAACAACCCAAAAUAUGCAGAUAAUGCCAAAACCCGUUCUAAAAUAUUGAAGGAUCAGCUCGUAAGUCCCAUGGAUACAGCAGUAUUUUGGAUAGAAUAUGCCAUGAGGCAUAAAGGAUCCCACCAUCUUCAGUCAGCGGGAAUACACUUGUCUUGGUAUAAAAGGAAUAUGAUCGACAUUAUUAUUAUUUUAACAGUUGUGGAUAUAUUGUUGUUCUUAAUAUUUUAUUACAUAAUCAAACACAUCAUACACCAAAUUUCUAGAAUUAAGCGUAGACCCAGUAAGAAAUACAAAAAGUUGGAGAAAGAUUAAUAUGGAAAUUUUGUAAUUAUAUUUUAAUGGUAAAUUGUAUAUAAUAAUGAUUUAGUUGUAUAUAAUAAAUUAAUUUUAUUGAAA